AUGGACGGAUUAUCCUAUUUGUACAACUGUAGUAUUGAAGUACCUCUUAUUACCAAUCUUAUAAAAGAGAUUGAUCGCUUGAAUAAGGACAAAUUGAAGUCGGACAUUAAGGGAAUAAAAUCUACAAAUCAAUCCAAAGAUUUAUCUCUUAAUCAAAAGAUCCGUUCAGUCUUUCUUUCCAAUAAAACGUUGGGUUUACCCGACAGACUUAUAUCUUCCCAUCAGAUCCAGAACUUAUUGAAAAUUUUAAAGAGUCCGCUUUCCCCCGAUUCAUUAUUAGCCACUGUUCAAUGUGUUAGACGUAGUAUUGAAACUGAUGAAAUCGAAGACCAGCUACUUAGAGCACAACUAAUCGAAGAAUUACUAAAAUGCAUGCAUCGGAUUGAUAAUUGUAAUUUCGAGAUUCAGUGUGAGGUAUUCCUCAUGAUUAAACCUGUAAUAAGACAAGAAAGAAUAGCCUUCAAAAAUGCAGAUGGGAUGUCUAUUGCGGUAGAGUUGCUCUCUUCUCCAUCUCUAGAAGUGGUUACUUCUGUCUGCAGCGCUAUUGAAUCCAUAUCAUAUGAUGUCUAUAUUCACGAUAACAGUUUAUUAAGAAAACUGAUCAACAUAAUCUUCUUUCACAAUCAUAAUUUACCACUGCUAGAUAUAAUAAGCUCUAUGGUAAGACAUAUUAAUAUGAAAACUAGAAGAUUAACCAAAAAAUUUGUGCUAGAGAUGAUUCCUCUCCUUCGAGAACUGUUAUGGUGCUCAAGCACUCAGACUGUACACAACUUGUGUAUCAUAAUCGACCAUUACAGCAAUAUUGCUUAUGCAGAUAGUGCGAUUGAAAAGGAAGCUGCUUUAAUGACAAUUUCUAGCUUAAUUAAUGGUCCAUUGCAAGGCAUUUCUUUAGAAGAACGUAAAAGAAGAAUUAAGACGGUAAUCGAUUAUGGUAUUGUUCGAUAUAUAAAACCGAAAUUUUUCGAAGAUUCCGAUAAGGCAUUUUCAUGGACAACCUCAUCGCUUCUAAAAGCUAUUGCAGCAAGCGAAUAUCGACAGGAUUUAAUUGAUUGUGGAAUUAUCACCAGAAUCAUUGAAUUAACUGUAAAGGGCGACAAAUUAUUUGGUAAAUUUCCCGCAAAUGCCGCACGUCAGAUUUUUUCAGAAUACGCUGUACACGGGAGUAAAGAACAGAAACUAUUUUUAGCACGAAAGGGUGCUAUUAUUUUGUUUUGCAACCAAAUAAGAGAGAAGUAUCAAUCGAGAGUGGAGUUGGAGGAAUGUGCACUUGGAGCUCUUAAACUCUUUCAGGCGAUUGAUGAAAGCUCUGAUUUGCAAAUUAUACAUAAUCAACUUGAAGAAAUCAACGGUUUGAGACGUAAAAUUAUAAAUUAG